GUUGACGGACACAACGUUGGAAGGAUUCGUAAACAAAACUUCAGUCGAGUAGCGUUAUUUCGAUAUUUACUCGAAUCAAGCUGAAAUAUUAUUCAGAUGUGAUUAUCGGUAAGGCAGCAUUUAACUCAAAGACAUUGUUGUUUUUGUGGUUGUUUACAGUAUUUCAGGAAGAAUGUUGUAACGUGAUAGGAAGAGCAGCGCGUGACUGUUUCAAAACUAAUGCUUGGUUACUUGCUCGACUCUUGAGUUGUCAAGGAUAAACAAAACAAACGCCAGGUUUCACUGACUUUGUUACUUUUAUAUAACCGUCUAUGAAUAGAAACUUACAUCUGUGACGCAUCACGUGUGUUUUUGAGGAGUGAUUCUGACUUUUUAAUGACAGAUACACACAAUGUUUAAGUUUUUCGGAUUCAAGAAUGACGCUGCCAAAAAAUCUUCUGAGAGAGAAUCUGAUGGAUUUGUCAUUAUUGGUGAAACUGUUGAAGAGCAGCGACAGAAGAUUCAGUCCAUGAACAUUGAGCAGCCUGCAACAAAUGUAAUAGUGCAACCCUCUAAGCCAUCCAGCGACAGGAACAGAGGAAUUACAGAGACGCCUCAGCCUUCAUCCCAGCCCACACCUGCCAAGAUGUCCUCCGAAACGCACUCUGUAGACGCCACUCCUGCCCUCCCUGAGCUUCUAGGAGACAUACCAUUCACAUUAGCUCCACACAUCCUCGCCAUGCAGGCAGGCUUGCCCUUUGUAAGCGAUAUCACCUUGCCUCAUGACAUAAAUGACAAACUAGCCAACUUUCGUUAUGAUUUUACCUUGGAGAACUCUGUGCUUUGUGAGCCGUGAAUUGUGCCCAUCCAUUAUAUCACUAGCGUAUGGUGAACUAUGGUCGUCAAGAUUCUCUUAAACCGCUCGCCUCUUUAAUACAUAAUGAUCUAGCUUGAUACAGAAAAAUCUGUCAUUAUUGGGUGUUGGGGUCAAAUUAAAAUCGGCCAUUUAGUUCAAAUUGGAUCAAGAUGGUAUGCAGUUUCCCAGGAUGUCGCACUUAAUUGUGUGAUAUGAGUGUUACUGCCUUGAUUCAACGCAAUAGACGAGUAUUUAUAAGGAGACCUAUGGCUUUACAUUUUUUUCAAAUGUGGUUACGGGUGUAAAAUCUGUGCACUUUUGGAUUUUGACUCUGUGGUCCUGUAGCAUAAAAUGGUAUGCUGAAAUGAA